CGGAAAGUCGAGUUCUUAGCUGUCCAUUCUUCAUCCGCCUCGCUAUUGAUCAAGCGCCAUGUCGGAGAGCGUGAACGAUUCAGUCGAGAGCGGUCGAUACGCCAAGGCGCCUCACCUCUGGGCGCUGGGUGUGGGUGCCGUCGUCAGCGGCGACUUCUUCGGCUGGCAGUCGGGCCUCGUGGCGGGUUUUGACGGACUGCUCAUCAUCCUGGCCUUCGUCACGGUGCUUUACGUUCUACUAGCCUUCUCCAUCGCCGAGUUGUCCACCACGGUACCGUCAGGAGGUGGCCCUUACAUCUUCGCAUUGCACGCCAUCGGUCCACGCGCCGCCUUCUUCGCCGGUCUGGCCGAGAGCCUCAAGGUCGUCAUCACUUGCGCUGUUGUCGUCACGGGUAUCAGCUCGUAUAUGAAUCAGCUCCUGAGUCUGAGCUCGGACUACGGUCCGAUCUGGUGGUUCGUUUUCUACGUAAGCUUCGUGUCGCUCAACAUCGUCGGUAUCGAGAUGACGUUCCGUGUCCAGGCCUUCACGACGGUCGUGUCGGUAUUAAUUCUACUAGUGUUCUACAUCGGUGCUGCGACCAAAGUGUCGUAUACUGAGUGGGUCUCAAACGUCGACUGGCAGUACCCUGGAGGCUGGGAUGGCGCUGUUAAAGGCUAUUCAUUCGCUCUCUGGUUCUACUUGGGUAUCGAGGAACUUCCUCUUGCUGUUGAAGUGACUGUCAACCCGGAACGCAACAUGCCGAUCGGAUUAGUGACAUCUAUCUCCACGCUCGUGUGCCUGGCAUUCUGUACCGUAAUUUUCAACUCGAUGAUCUCCCCUGGUGCCGAGGAGAUGUACAACAGUUCGUCUCCGCUUCUCACUGGCUACCAGAGUGUAUUUGGUGAUAACAGCACUACAUCGGGCUUCUCGUGGAUGCUUAUUCUCGGUCUUAUUGCAAGUUUCCACUCGUUCGUCUUCUGUAUGGGUCAGCUACUGUACGCUAUUGCUCGUGAUGGUUAUUUGCCACAGAUCCUGACGAGACUACACCCAACUAGAGGCACGAUGUAUGUAUCGUUGAUCGCUGGCAGCUCCAUCGGCUUCAUUGUUGUGCUGCUGUUGCACUUCAUUAUCGGUGACACGCGUCUCGGGUCAGUGUUGAUCAACCUCGCACUGAUUGGGGCAGUGACUUCGUACACUUUCCAACUCACCUCGUUCAUCAGACUACGUAUGAAGGAGCCCAAUCGACCUCGACCUUACCGAAGUCCUUUUGGGAUUCCUGGUGCUUUGGUGUCUAUGGCGCUGUGUGUUGCCGGUAUGGUAUCGAUUAUCUACAGCGGAACGUCUAGCUAUGAGUUCCUGGCGUCCAUUAUUGUGGCGAUUCUGUACUUUGUCGUCGGUGCUGUGUACUUCUUCUUGCGUGUGAAGCCACGCAUCGAGGCAGCCCCGACGCCAAAACUGCGUGAAAACCUAUUGAGCAACGCCUCGUCCAAGGUUUGAAAUCCCUCAUCGACUGUACCUGUUUGAAGCGCCGAUGCAACUGCACUCUGAUAGUGCAGUCCAAGAGCAUAACGUUUUGUAAUUGCAAUAAAGUUUUGAAGUGUUUUUAUGGCUG